UUCAUUGUUUUCCUUGAAGAGGUGAAGGACGCUCGCAGUUGAAAGGCAAGGUCGUUUCAUACCUUAACCGGCCGGCUGGUAGAUCAAGAUAGAACCUACUUUCCUAGUUCUACAUCUAGUGCACGAAAUCAAUCAGAUCAUCAACCAUGGUUAUUAAAGCAAUCCUUGCCAGGCAAAUCUUUGACAGCCGCGGUAACCCUACCGUAGAGGUUGAUCUUACCACAGAUAAAGGCCUGUUUCGUGCUGCUGUCCCCAGUGGAGCAUCUACAGGUAUCCAUGAGGCUGUUGAGCUUAGAGAUGAAGCUAAAGAAUACAUGGGCAAAGGUGUUCUUAAAGCUGUGAAGAAUGUCAACACAGAAAUUGCAGCAGCCCUUCUCAAAGCUCAACCUGAUCUGAAAGACCAACGUGCUGUGGAUAACAUGCUUAUUGCACUAGACAACACUGAAAACAAAGGCAGACUGGGAGCCAACGCCAUUCUUGGAGUGUCCAUGGCAGUCUGCAGAGCCGCAGCGGCAGAAAAGGGUGUCCCUCUGUACCGCCACAUUGCCGACCUAGCUGGCACAAAGCAGCUGUUUCUACCAUGCCCAGCUUUCAAUGUCAUCAAUGGAGGCAGCCAUGCUGGCAACAAGCUAGCCAUGCAGGAGUUUAUGUUGCUGCCCACUGGGGCCAGCUCUUUCUCUGAGGCCAUGAGGAUGGGGUCAGAGGUUUACCACAACUUGAAGGCAGUCAUUAAGAAGAAGUAUGGUCAAGAUGCCUGCAAUGUUGGUGAUGAAGGUGGCUUUGCUCCUAAUAUUCAGGACAAUGCUGAAGGUCUGGAACUGUUAAAGGAAGCUAUUGAGAAAGCUGGUUACACAGGAAAAGUGGAAAUUGGUAUGGAUGUUGCAGCAUCAGAAUUCUACAAAGAGGGCAAAUAUGACCUGGACUUCAAAAACAAGGAUUCCGAUUCAUCAAAAUGGCUCACAUCUGAUCAACUGGCUGAGGUGUACAAAAAUUUUGUCAAAAAUUACCCAGUGGUCAGCAUUGAAGAUCCCUUUGACCAGGAUGAUUGGACAGCCUGGGCCAAACUGACCAGUGAAAUUGGAGUACAGAUUGUCGGUGAUGAUUUGUUGGUAACAAACCCCAAGAGAGUACAGAAAGGUAUUGAACAGAAAGCCUGCAAUGCCUUGCUGCUUAAAGUCAACCAAAUUGGUACAGUGACUGAAUCCAUAGAUGCUUGCAAGAUGUCUCAGACAGCUGGAUGGGGUGUGAUGGUCUCUCACAGGAGUGGUGAGACUGAAGAUACUUUCAUUGCUGAUCUAGUUGUUGGCUUGGCCACCGGUCAGAUCAAGACUGGCGCCCCCUGUAGAUCAGAGAGGCUUGCUAAAUACAACCAGCUGUUGAGAAUUGAAGAGGAGCUGGGCUCCCAGGCCAAAUUUGCUGGAAAGAACUUCAAGAACCCCAAGUAAAUGUUUUCCAGGAUGUUUUCACCAAAUGAGAAAUGUGUUUUUUUUUAUCUGACAUUUGCACUAUUGAUUCUUUAUUUCCUGUUAUAGUUUGAAGAUCUUAAAAGAACUGUUGCCAUUCUGUCUUACAUUUUUUUUUACAAAGAUGAUUAUAGUCAUGAUUAUUUUUGUAUUAUUUUACACUCUAAUUUAUAAUCAAUGUAAUGAUGUAUGUAGCUAGUGCUACAGGACAUUGUGUUUCCCUUUACUCAAGUGUCAGUUUAGUUUAGAAAAUCCUGAAUGAUUGUUAGACUUAGUCAAUGUUGAUAUUUUUUUUUUGUCAUUCUCUAUCAAGUUUGACCAGUAAAGAGAACAUUUUUUUUUUUCAGAAUGGUACAUUAUCACUGUAUGUCAGUUUUAUUUUUUUUUAACUUUAGAUUUGUUUCCCCUUAAAUGAGCCAAUUCAUUGAAAUCUUGAUAUUGCUUAAUAUUUACUUUUCCCCCAUCCCCUGAUGGUUUUUGUUUUGGACUAAGAGACAGUAUCAUCAAUGUGUUAUAUGAUGUCCAAGUAGAGCUGUGACUUUGUCAUCUUUACCCACUGAGAACUGUGGUCAACAUUAUUUAUGUCCAGCCAGGAAUAAAAUGAUUUUUAUUGUAUAGUCAAGUCAA